AUGAGCUCAACUUCAAUCUCUAGCUAUUCCUAAGGUUUUUAUAAUGACACCUAUGAAUAUAUAGCAUUAGCUUACUCAAUUACUGCGGUUGUAGUGGGCAUUUUAUUGGGUUUACUUGGAAAAUUUCACAUCAUGUUUAAUUUAAUAGAUGCAUUAGCAAUAGUUUAUUUUCUCUUUUUUGUCAAAGCAAAUCCACCUACAAAUGUGAUAGAUUUCCAGAAGAUGUUUGGAAAAUUUCAUUAUGAUAGAAUGUAUGACUACCUUAAAUCAAGUGUCUCUAACACUUACUAAUAUUAUACUAGUAUCAUGUUCCAAGCCUAUGGACUAGAUUCUUUCUUUUUGAACAAUACUACUCUUUCAUUUUGCAUCAUAAUAGGAAUGGUAGGUGUUUAUGUGAUCCUAAAGAUUGCAAGCUUCAUACCUAUGGGGAGACUCUAAACUUAUUUGAAAGAUUCACUGAAAAGAGCGUGGGAAUUCGAUUACUUUAUCUACAUUUUAUGGAUUUUCUACAAUUAAUUCUCUGUAUUUUGCUUCCUUUAAAAAGACGCAAUGUAUUUCGACUCUACUUUAUAAAAAGUAAAUUUUGCUAUCUUUGCUUUAGUAGCUUUGAUUUUGGUUGCUUUUCCUUUACUUUUUGGGUAUCUAAUUUCAAAAAACUAGGAAGAAAUAGCUUUGCCUUCAUCGAUGAGGUCCUUUUAAAUCAGAUAUUUAUCAUUAGUUUCUGGAUAUAAAAUAAGUGCUUCAGAAGAUAAAAACUAUUAAAAUGCAAAUGCCCAAAAUUAUAGUUUAACUAAAGAUUAAAAUCCUUAAGAUAAAAAAGAAUAAGCACUAAGUGUUUAAACUAAUAUUGAAAUUUAGCAAGAAGGUUUAAUAUUGAACACAUAGAAAUAAAUGGAUUCGACCCCCUUUGGAAAGUACGUGAAUAUCUUUAUUCUAUUUAGAAAAAUUAUUUUUGCAGGUGCUCUCGUUGUACUAUAAGAUCACAGAAUAAUCACACUGAGCGUCUUUUCUGGAGCUAAUAUACUUUUAUUUUUCCUCUAUAUCAUAGCUAGACCACACAUUUUGCUAAUAGAUAAUAUCAGAAAUGCCGCUACUGAAGCUUUAUUUAUUGCUAUGCAAGUUUUAAUUUACUUUUUUAAUGAUAUAACUUCUUCUACUACCUCAUAUAACACAAGCUAACCUGAGAUAGGAUGGGCUUAUGUAUCUAUUGGUGUUUUUAUACUGGCAAUUCAUUUAUUAGAUGUUUUAGCAAAGUUAUUCAUUGAGAUCUAUUGGUUAAUUAAGGGUAGAAGUUCUAAAGUAGCUCCUCUACCGAUAGCAUAAGAGAAUGAUUUAUAACACUAAUAGCAUUUGAAAGAAGAAGAAAAGAAAUCUCUUAACGAAAUUUAAUAAUAAAAUGAAAAAUAACAAGCAGUUAUCCCUUUACAGUAAUAACCUUAAUAAAUGCAAGGAGAUUAACCAUUAUAAUAGUAAAAUAUUCCAUAAUAAUCUUUAAAUAAUUAAAUGGCUUAAAAUUAAAACUACCCUGUAAGUCUUUAGCAUAUUUAAGCGAAUAAUCUAGAAGAAAAUAAACCAGAAAUUACAUAAAUUGAUAGAAAAAUGGAGGAAGUGCCUAUGAAGACAGCGAAGACUUCAUUUAAUGAUUUUUUGAUAUCCGAUAACAUGCUUCCUAAUUUAGCAAACGCUGAAGAGAGAUAAAAGUACAAGCAAAGAGUCAAACCAUUGCUAUUUAAAAGAAAUCCAUUUAUUCCUAAAAAUGGCUACUAUGAUAAUAUAAUUCAUGAUGGGGAUCUAAAAGUUAAUAAUAGCAAUAAAAAUGUUGGAUUUAAUGCAAAUCCUGUCUAAAGAAACACUUAAAACAUGAUGGAAAGAGCUACUGAUGUAGAUUUCUAAAAUUUUUGA